AUGGCUGAGACAACUAAGCGCCUUCUUGCACAGCUUGUAAACGAAGGCCUGGUGAGCAUUCACCUAGUGCCACCACCACCUCCAUUGCAACUAUGGUCUUGCGUAUUGACAGCAACAAAUAACAAUGCGACACGAAAAGCUCAAGCGGAUCUAGUUUUCUUCACAAGUCCUCUCAGUCGUCACCAUUGGCGACCAAACGAUUUCAAAGUUCCCCUCUUUUUGAAUGGUGCAGACCAAGGGGUUGAAGAAAGUGAUCCUGGGUCUGUGUUUGAAUUUUUUGCUCCAGGGUUUGCUUGUGAUGAGUCAAUAAAGAAUGCAAUUUCGCGCGAACUGCGCAAUUGCGCUGCCAUGUCAAAACAGUUCCAUCGGACGUGCUUUGCCGAUGAGUUGGUCGAACCAGUAGGGCCAGAGGAUCUACCUGAUUUACUCAAUCCGGGUAUCUCCCUUGUAGUCCUUCCACGGUCUUCAACCCAUAUAUAUGGACCAUUCGAGGAGCUAACUCAGUCUUUGGUGAAGGCCUUGGGGGUGGCUCCUUUAGCCUCUAAUGAGUUGGUUAUAGUUCCUUGUCUUUCCCGACACCUACCAGCGCUACUCCAUUACUUCCCAGAGGCAGAGAAUGUCAAGUCCAUACCCAAUGCCGCGAAGGCCCAUGCUGCUAUUCGAACAGUUUCCAUCCCUGGUUUUGAAUUUGACGUGAAAUUCUCUCUUGCGUGUCAGAUUACCUCCGCGCUACGAGUUCUGCCGUGUUGGUCUGCAGCUGCAGCUCCCGGGAUGACUGCCUUUAUGAGGAUGAUUCUCCCAAGGGACCUAUGGCUGUUCGGAGAGGUAGCCGCAGUGACUGGAAGUCAGGAAGACAAGAGUCAAGCUCGCCACCUGACAUGUAUCUUGCGAGAGAAUCUGGAGGGAAAAGCAGAAAAAAAUGACGAGGCAUUAGUCUUGGUCUCUGCACUAAUGGAGAAACCACUGGGUGGACAGCAGACGUACGCAGAAAUUCUGUUUGACCUGAAAACCACAACCGAAAAGAAAACAUGGUUUGCGAGCUAUGCCAAAUGCCUUUUGAGCCUGGGGUUGGACCCGUUACUCCGUCAUAGCGUUGGAUGCGAGCUGCAUGCCCAAAACACCGUCGCUCGAAUUUGUCGCAAGUCGAAGGCGAUCAAAGGUUUUGCGCUCCGAGACCUGGCUGGAGUGAAACUUCAUAGACCAACACUAAAGAAGCAGGGCUUUGAUGUAGAGAUUGCUGGAUUGGGGACGGAUAAUCUCGGUGAGGUGUGGAACAGGGUGCAUCAUGCACUUCUGCAGAACAAUGUUGGGUACAUGCUAUAUGCACUGGGUCUGGAAGGCGCAGAAGAUGGAUGGGCAAUCGUCCGAUCGACGCUCUCUGAGAUCCUUGAAAGAGAUGAAAAUCCAAUUGGGAGGGAGAUGUAUCGCUACUUUACCAAAAGCACGAUGCCUUUCAAAAGUUUCUUGGGAAUGAGGAUGGGUGCCUCAUUCAAGAGCUCAAUGGCGGUUGUCGAAAAAGAGAUACCUAGUGUUCUCGCCAAACGAUCUCCUUGGUUGCUCCAAAUCUCCUUGCCUAACACAAAGGAUCCGCAACACCCGGUUUUGCCAGAGCAAAUUCAUCCCGAAACUCGCCUUCGACAACAUGAGGCACUGCAAGAGAGAUUGGCGGAGUCUGUUCGUCCAUAUGGCGCAAUUCCUGGGCCUGCGAAAAGACUCAAUCCCCACCCAGUAUUUCUACCACGGCAGUUUAUGAAAGAACUGGAGACUUUCAAUGAAGCUUUGGCCAUUGCUGUGAGUAAUAUCAUCGAAAGAUGGUGGAUAGACAAGGACGCCGAUUUACCCAGUCGAAUGCCAUUGGAACCCCAUGUCGAGGAACUCUUGCAGUGGGUAGAUAAAGCAACUGCAGAUGGGAUCAUGCCACGUUACCAAGGCCACCAAGGCAAUUUACGUCCAGACAUCUUGCUCCCAGUCACAGAGCGUGAGAUCCCAGAAUUUCGCGUUUGUGAAAUCAACGGCCGCUUCCCUAUCAGUUUUCUCCACUACGUCGCAACGGCUUACGAGGCACUAGCCGGGGGAACAUGGAGUCCUCCCUCGAUCGAACCAGCCACCAAACAUAAUGUGCUCCUAGGGAGCCUGUUCGAAUUGUUUGGCUCAGAUGGCCCUGUCCACUUUGUCAAGGAGAGCCAAAACUUCCCAUCCGACAGCCCUCUUUUUGGUAUUAUGGAAGAGCGAACCGGGGCCAGGCCACGAACCGUCAGACCAAGUGAUCUUCGCCUUGUACCCAGUGCCAGCAGUCAAACCGGGUUCAACCUAUACUGUGUCUGGGGCGCCGAUCCCACGAUCAAAACUCCCCCCAGCUCCCUGCUGGAGGUGGAUGGCGAGAUGCUGGAGCCAGUGCAUCAGGUAGGCCUACAGCUAUACGACUUCGAGCUCUUCUCUCUAUCCCCCGAAAUGACACGACACAUAGCCGCGUGCUGCAGAAAUGACCCGCGGAGCGUGUUCAUCGCGCACGAUAAACGCAUCCUAGGCAUCAUCCUGCAGGAGCUCGACAGCCUCGUAGGAACGCAGCGGGUAUUGUCGCCUGCACAAGCGCAGACCCUGCGUGAACACAUCAUCCCCACCAUUCUCCCUGGCACAGCUGAUUUCAGAGUCCUCCUUCACCAGACCCAUACCAAGGCCGAUGUCAAAGACCAGUACAUCCUCAAGCCCACGCGAGACGCACGCGGGGCAGGAAUCAUGCUGGGAAAAGACUUGUCUACCGAGCACUGGCGGUCGAUCCUCACCUCCCUCGAUAGCCAGGACAUCUCUUCAUCGACCCGGUAUAUGUUGCAGCCUCUGCUGGAACUGCGCUCGUUUGACUGGUUCUGGGACGAGGAGCGCCAAGUCCGCAAGAGUCGCAGCGUCGGCACGUACUAUUCUAUGAAUGGACGUUUUGUGGGAUUAGGGAUGUGGAGAACGGGGGCAGUCUCGGAGGAUGUGAUUUCUGCUUCCACGAAGGAUGUCACAGCUGUUUUGAGCGUUGUUGCUGUUGAUCAAUGA